UCCGCGCUGGCCGGCUCGUGGCAGCUCGCUAUCCCCGCCUGCAGGGCUUCAUCUCCCGGGGCAGAGGAAGGCGCCUGCCGGUACCUGGGCGGCGCUCUGAAUGUUCGCCGCAUCUGCGCCUCCCUCGAUCCAGAUCCGGAACUGAGAUCGGUGGCAUCAGGACUAAAAUCCAUUUAUUUGACAACAGAGACUGCUUUGGCGGGGUGAAUGAAAAGUGCAAUGGAGGGUGACUGCAGGAGAAGCAAUCAGUUUCCAGAGGACCAGAGAGAUGCUGAUGAAAGCUCAGAGAAAACCCUCAGCAAGGCUUCCAAAUCCCCCCAAAAGAGCAACAAGAGGCCCAAGACGAUACCCGUCAAAGUCACUCUGCUUGACGGCUCAGACUACGAGACCGCAGUCGAGAAAUUUGCCAAGGGCCAAACGCUGCUGGACAUGGUGUGUGGCCAUCUGAACCUGCUGGAAAGGGACUACUUUGGCCUGACGUUCCAGGACCCCGACAGCACCAAGAGUUGGUUGGAUCCUUCCAAGGAGAUUAAAAAGCAAAUUCGUGUUGGUUCCUGGAUUUUGGGAUUCUCUGUUAAAUUCUACCCUCCGGACCCAUCUGUGCUCAUUGAAGACAUCACCAGGUACUACCUGUGUUUGCAGUUGAGGGAUGACAUCCUAUCCGGGCGUCUGCCCUGUUCUUUUGUUACCCACGCCCUUUUGGGCUCCUACACGGUUCAGGCUGAACUGGGAGACUACGAGCCAGAGGAUCAUGGGCCGGAUUACGUCGCUGACUUCCGCUUUGCUCCUAACCAGACACGAGAGCUAGAGGAGAGGGUGAUGGAGCUGCAUCAUAACUAUAAGGGAAUGAGUCCAGCGGAAGCAGAAGUGAACUUUUUAGAAAAUGCCAAGAAGCUUUCAAUGUAUGGGGUGGACCUACAUCAUGCAAAGGAUUCAGAGGGAAUUGACAUAAUGCUCGGCGUGAGUGCCAAUGGUCUGCUCAUUUAUCGAGACCGCCUGAGGAUAAACCGCUUCGCUUGGCCAAAGAUCCUCAAGAUUUCUUAUAAGAGGAGCAACUUCUACAUUAAGAUCCGCCCUGGAGAGUAUGAACAGUUUGAGAGCACCAUUGGCUUCAAGUUGCCCAACCAUCGGGCCUCGAAGCGAUUGUGGAAGGUUUGCAUUGAGCACCACACCUUCUUCAGGUUGGUUUCUCCAGAGCCCCCUCCAAAGGGCUUUUUGGUGAUUGGUUCCAAGUUCCGUUACAGUGGAAGAACUCAAGCUCAAACCAGACAGGCCAGCGCUCUGAUUGACAGGCCUGCACCUCAGUUUGAUCGCUCAGUUAGCAAGAGAUACCUCCUGUCCCGAAGUAUUGAUGGGGCUUCAGCUUUAGGCAACAGUAUGGACCAGUUGUCUCAGCGAAGCUUGAGCGAGCGCACACAGUUCAUGUCCGGAGAAGACCUCGACCAAGAAGGCAGCCUGGACCUAGACCAUGAUCAUUAUGACUAUCCAGACCAGGACCAAGACCAGGAUCUUGACACUGACCAGGACGUGGACCUGUACCAAGGUCCAGAUAACUUUCGGGGUGCUGGCUUCUCAACAUCUGCUAAGACUUUGGAACUCAAGGCUGAGGACGCAGUCUCGCCUGUAGAUUCAAAACCAGAGAUGGACAAGGACCUGGCCACGGCUCGGCCCAAACAGGAGCAGUUUUUGGACAAGCCUGAAGAUGUUCUACAGAAGCACCAGGCUAGCAUCAAUGAGCUAAAAAGGGCUUUGAGACAACCCAAUAGCAAGGUGACCCAGAGGGACAAACGGGUCUGCUCGGCAACUCCUCCUGGAGGAACACUGGAACGGAAAACAGAGACCCCUCCCACGCCAGCCAUUCAUGAGGAACCUCUCAGUGAUUCCUCGCGGGAGCUUUGGGAGAGACGCCUGGGCUCCACCUCAGAGGACGACCAAGACCACGACAUCUCGUACCUAAAGGAAACCCACCUCGGCAUCGAGCGCAAAUGUUCCAGCAUCACAGUCAGCUCCACGUCCAGCCUGGAGGCCGAGGUGGACUUUACCGUCCUCACAGACCUGCACACGGGAAUGGAGGAGUUCUCCCGAGGGAUGUCAGAGCUGGGCGAGCGGGACCUGUCGCCUGACGGGGGUCUGCGCUUCGGGAUUGACUUCCUCCAGCAGCAAGGCCCCUCGGAGUCCCCACUGUCUAUUAUGGUGUCCGCCCAUCCUUUGUCCAAAGCGGCGAGCGGCAGUCCUCCAGCCAAGCACAUCCAGCCUGAAGAAGUGCGUACAGAAGCCAAAAGGCCUGAUGUGCAGCCUAUAGUGCCUAAAAAGCCAAAGAGGUCAGUACCGGUGUCCUCUUCAGUGGACAGGGAGCCAUCGCACUGUCAUGUCCCCAGCGCCACACCUCUGAGUCGGGAAGCCAGUGAUGUCGUGGCCUCAGCCACCGUCAAGAAGAGCGACAUUCGGACGGAGACCCAGCCCAAUGGGUCAGAGGUCACGACAACGAUAGUGGAGUUCGCAGAUCAGGAUCACGGUAUCACAAGUCUGAGCGACAUGUCUUACUCUACGAGACAGAGUGUCUCCCCUGUGCAUAUGGGCAGUCUUGCAAGAGAGGCGUCAGGGUCGCCCAUCCUCGUCACCGAAAAUGUUACCUCCGCAACCACACAGGUGACCAAGACAGUGAAAGGAGGCUACUCAGAGACCAGGAUUGAGAAGAGGAUCAUCAUCACUGGAGAUGAUGAUGUGGACCAGGAACAGGCUCUUGCCAUCGCCAUCCAAGAGGCCAGGCAGCAGCAUCCAGACAUGCAGGUGACCAAGGCCGUGGUUGUCAGGGAAACAGAAUCAUCCGCCGAGGAGCAACCCACAUAAGGGUUGUGACUCCCCAGACGAGAGGCGGCCAAGACGGGACUCAUCACCACCAACUGACAAUGGAAACGGGACUUCCCUUUCUUAAAUCCACUUUCUUAUAUUUGAUUUCAACCUCACUGAAACUAUGUGUGUGAUACGGAAUGUUUUUGGGAGUGGAUGCUGCAACAACAAAAAAACAAAAACAUUAGUGAACAACUUUCCUCAACACAAACAAUUUUUGUUUGUGCUACAAUGGAAAAUAAUUGUCAUGCAUUCUUUUUUUAAAUCCAAAAGUGCCACUGUGGUAGUGUCAAAAAAAAGAAAAAAAAAGGAUGAUUUGAUGGUGUUUUAGAGUAAAAUGUGUGUGAUAACCGGUUCCAUAAAUGCACUGACUGAUGAUGAGAGUAGACUUGAAUAGAAUAGAACAACAGCGCCCUCUGGUGGUGAGUAUAAUGUCCAAACGCUGCAGUAGUUUGUCAUCACGCAUCCCCUCCUAUAAGUGUCUCAUAUUUUUUAGUGUAAAUGUGCUUGUAUGAAUGUGCAACAUGACGGAUUGUACAUUUCAACUAAUUAUGCCUUCUUUUUUGCUUCCUAAACCGGCAAAUUCACUCCCUGUGCUCGGUGCGUUAACAAUGUGUUGCACAUCCAAAACUCUCUUUCCCCGGCCUAAAUUAUCUAACUGCAUAUUUGUGUAGUAAAAGUAGAACAAUGUGUGUUCCGAUUCAUGUUUGCAUGAUAAUUCCUUUCCUCAACGGAUGGAUUCAAGUCUUAAUGAGAAUGAUAAUUCUUGGGUUGCAGUGUAAUUAAACAACAAAGACCUUUCUAAUCAAAACAGAAGAUAAUUAAGCUUCCUGACAGGAAAUGAAGCGCGCUCACCAAAAUAAAGGUAGGAAAUAUGACUUAGCCAGUGUACUUAAUGUAGUUACCGUAUUUUUCGGAUUAUAAAUCGCUCCGGAGUAUAGAUCGCACCGGCCGAAAAUGCAUAAUGAAGAAGGAAAAAAACAUACAUCCGUCGCACUGGAGUAUAAAUCACAUUUUUGGGGGAAAUUCAUUUGAUAAAAUCCAACACCAAGAAUUGUGAAAGGCAAUUUAAAGUAAAUAAAGAAUAGUGAACAACAGGCUGAAUAAGUGUACGUUAUAUGACGCAUAAAUAACCAACAGAGAAGGUGCCUGGUAUGUUAAUGUAACAUAUUAUGGUAAGUGUCAUUGAAAUAACUAUAACAUAUUGAAGUGAAUUAUAUUCAUAUAGCGCUUUUCUCUAGUGACUCAAAGUGCUUUACAUAGUGAAACCCAAUAUCUGAGUUACAUUAGACCCGCUCGACAUCCAUUGCUUUCCUCCUCUCCAAGGUUCUCAUAGUCAUCAUUGUCACCGACGUCCCACUGGGUCAUUAUUGUCACCGAUGUCCCACUGGGUGUGAGUUUUCCUUGCCCUUAUGUGGGCCUACAGAGGAUGUCGUAGUGGUUUGUGCAGCCCUUUGAGACACUAGUGAUUUAGGGCUAUAUAAGUAAACAUUGAUUGAUUGAUUGAUUUAAAGCAGUGUGGGUGGCACAGGGAGCAGGUGGGUAAAGUGUCUUGCCCAAGGACACAACGGCAGUGACUAGGAUGGCGGAAGCAGGAAUCGAACCUGCAACCCUCAAGUUGCUGGCACGGCCACUCUACCAAACGAGCUAUGCCGGUUGGUAGACUGGUAAAUGUAUAGCAUAGAACAUGCUAUACGUUUACCAAACAAUCUGUCACUCUUAAUCAAAAAAUCCCAUGAAAUCUUCUUCCUUGAUGUCGCUUUUAAACAACUCUGCCAACUCCAAAGGUAUGCGCCGCUUCCUCUUGUCGUUUUAUGCUGCAUAUUUUACUACGUCCAGCUUGUAAUCUGCAGUACAUGAUUUCCUUUUCGGUGCCAUAUUUGUUCAGCCCUUCUAGGUUUUCUAAGUUACCGCCAACGAUGAAAUUAUUAAUUUUAACAGCUACGGCAGUAGCAUAUAGCAUAUAGCAUAUAGCAGUUAGCAUUCCAUGACCCACAAUGCACUUCUGCCAUGACCCUCCCCCGCCGAAUUCUUAUUGGUUGACGUGUGUGUGACGAUUGCUGAUGUUUUCUUCGUCACUUCCGCGAAUGAGAUAAAUAAUAUUAUUUGAUAUUUUACGGUAAUGUGUUAAUAAUUUCACACAUAGGUCGCUCCUGAGUAUAUGUCGGCCAAACUAUGAAAAAAACUGCAAUUUAUAGUCCGAAAAAUACGGUAAUCCUAAUAU